GUCGUGGGGGCAACGAGCGCGCGUGUAGAGACGUACGUAGAAGUAGACGUGGCCACGUACGUAUGUGUAUGUACAUGUACAUGUACAUAUACAUCUGCGCCAGAAAAGUGAUGAAGUGAAGUUUCUUUUCACGAUGAAUUUAUAAAUAUUUCCCUCUCACGAGCCAUCAGGUCCAACCCUAUGCCAAUUAAAUUAUCUACCAACUGUCUACGUUCUUUAAAUGAAAGACACAGUUUAGCCAUGGCAGUUCCUAGUCCCAGAGCCAGCGUGUUGGUGGCAGCCCUAGUUGCGGCAGUCUGGAGCCACGCAUCCCACGCAGCCGAAGAGAACCCCGUCGUUGUGGCACCGGCGGCAGCCGCAGCCGCUACCGGAGAGGUCGGCUGGACAGACUUCUGGCUGGUGCGGCUGAGCCUGAACAUCCUGGGCUAUGGCUCCGUCUGCCUCCCGGCCUGGCUGUUCAUCCGGUAUGUCAAGCGCUCUGGCUACCUGGAGCAGGGAGGUGAGAACGGCCACAAUUGCAUGUUUAGGUCCAUCCGUUUGUGUGUGGCUGGAAACGAGGAGAAAACCAGCCUUGAGGAAGGAGGAGUGAAGGCAACAGCCCCAGAACCACCCAAGUUCAACAAAGGCGUGGUACUCUUCUUCUGCGUGUUGGGCCUGCAAGGUUCCUACCUCACCUGGGGUGUACUCCAAGAGCGCAUCAUGAAACACGAGUACGGCAAGGACGAGAACAAUCCGGGAGAGAAGUUCACCAACUCCCAGUUCCUUGUCUUCAUGAACCGGAUCCUGGCCUUCAGCGCGGCCGGCGUGAUCAUACUGGUGACUCGACAGCCCAGGCACACGGCCCCUCUCUACAGGUACUCCUACUGCUCCCUCUCCAACAUCAUGAGCAGCUGGUGCCAGUACGAGGCCCUCAAGUUUGUCAGCUUCCCCACCCAGGUGCUGGCCAAGGCCUCCAAGAUCAUCCCCGUCAUGCUGAUGGGGAAAGUGGUCUCGGGGAAGACAUACGAGUACUAUGAGUACCUGACGGCGGCCAUGAUCUCCAUGGGCGUGGCCAUGUUCCUCCUGACGCAGGGAAAGGAGGCGACGGGGCCCACCACCGUGACCACCUUCUCCGGGGUCCUGAUUCUCAUCGGGUACAUGAUGUUUGACAGCUUCACCUCCAACUGGCAGGCUGAGCUGUACAAGCAGUACAACAUGUCCAGCAUGCAGAUGAUGUUCGGCGUGAACCUCUUCAGCUGUAUCUUCACCAGCUGGUCGCUGAUCGGGCAGGGAGGCUUCGCCGUGGGGCUGGGCUUCAUGCUGAAGCACUCCACCUUCAUGUUCCACGUGCUGCUGCUGUCCCUGUGCUCGGCCACUGGCCAGCUCUUCAUCUUCUACACCAUCUCGCAGUUUGGCGCGGUGGUCUUCAUCAUCAUCAUGACCACGCGGAGCGGGCUGGCCAUCUUCCUCUCCUGCCUCAUCUACGGACAUCCCCUGACUGUCAUCGGCGUCUUUGGUGUGUUUAUCGUCUUUGCCGCCCUCUUCUUGAGAGUGUACGCACAACAGCGCAAGAAAGCGCAGAAGGCGCGCGAAGCAAGGCAAUCAGAGCUUAGUAACGGCAACAAGGUUUGAAAAAACAAAACAAUUGGACUGGUUGGGAUCAACUGCUUUAUAUAUUUUUUUUACAUUGAAGCUUAGAUGCUGGUAUGGUAAGAUACCAUUUUAAGUUCAUUCUUUUAGAACUUUUGUAGACACAGAUUCUGCACCCUUCAGUGACUCUAGUGAUUCCAAGAAUUCUGUGGGAAAAGGGUAGUGACAAAUUUUUUGGCACAAUGUACUUAAUCUUCAGCGGGGAAAGAAGCGCCACGUGAAUUAAUAACGACUACCUGUUCUCAAUCCCGCCAAAUCCUCUCCAACCUUUUUGGAUUUUGAAUGAGGAUUCAGAUUAAUUUUUGCUGACAAAUGAUAACCAUACACGAAGCUUACUCAUGGAGAUGUGUUCAUUCGGCGCAGGGUUUAAAAUAUUGGCUUGGAUCUCACAGCGAAUUUAGACUGCCAAACUUGUCUUAGGCUCCUUGAUAUUGAACUGGGUCCAGGAAUGAGUAAAUAUCAGUGAUCAGGGUAAGGAUGUUUCAAGUGCUGUUAUCAUGUAUCCAAAGUGCAAUUUAUAGACAAAGAUGUUGAAAUAUUCUCCUCAUCAUAUGUGUGCAUAUACUCGUAGGGACAUUUUCCUAAACGCAACAUGGUACAGAUACCAUUGGGGUCUACAUGUACAUGCAUUUCUAGGGGUUAAUUGGAGUAUUACAUACCAAUCACUCAUUUUUGUGAAUCCAAUUUCUCUGUCAGUUGUUCUUAAUGCUAGGUUCACACAUUUGCGAUU